AUGGCCCCUUCGCGUCUCGCCCGUCUACCUACGUGGAUCAGCCACUGGCUAGGCUAUCGUGCAGGCCCCGUGAAGCCACUCAAUACAUAUCUCGUCGCCGCAUGGUCUUUUAUGACUGCAUUCUGCGGUCUCUCCGUCAUCCAGGCAAUCUUCAACUACUCCGAUUACUUCACAGAACGCAACGUGCCGGGGAUAAUUGCUUCAUAUGGUGCAUCCGCAGUCCUAGUCUUCGGCGCAAUCGAAAGCCCCUUGGCCCAACCACGCGCCCUAAUCUUCGGCCACUUCUUCAGCGCUCUCACAGGUCUCUGCGUGACAAAGCUGUUCAGCCUGAUGCCCGACCAAGAACGUUUCGAGUCCCUUCGCUGGCUGGCAGCUUCGCUUUCCACCGCUAUUGCCAUUGUUGUGAUGCAGUUGACCGGCACUACACAUCCACCUGCUGGUGCGACUGCCCUGCUGCCGGCUACUAAUGAUGAGAUCUGGAAUCUCUCUUGGUAUUACUUGCCCAUUGUUUUGUUGUCUUCGGCGCUGUUGUUAGCUUGUGCUCUGCUGCUGAAUAACGUCCAGCGGAGGUAUCCUGUCUUUUGGAUUUCUCCUGCUCCGCCGGCUGCGCCGGUGCAGCCGGUCAAAUCUGCUGCGCCUGCGGAUGCUGAUUCGUUGGAUGGGGGGAAGUCAGAAAAGAGUGCUGUCUGA